UAUGUCUAAGAGUCUAUUGAUUAUUUUUGUCUUACUAAUCUCAUUAAAGACCAUAGCAGCAGAAGAAAUUGAUCUUAGCUUAAUUCGAGUCCCUAAUUGUACUUUUACAUAAUAUUUUUAGAUAUUACACAAGAAGAUGACAUUUAAUUAUAUAAAAUAAGAAAGCAGCAAUUAGAGUUCUAAAAAUCAAAAUAUAUGAAAAUGAGUAAGGAAGAGAGGAAGAAAGUAGAAUAAUAAAGUUUAGCAUUUCAGAAAUGGGAGAAUGAUUUAAAAAGGAAAUAUUAAUAUAAAAAAAGAUAAGACGAUUUAUGAGU